AUGCAGCCUCCGGAUAACCUGUGGUUGCCCAGCGCCCAAUCUGUUUUUUCACUAACAUGUGACUAUUUCAACAAAUACACUCAGUUGCGUAUCAAUUUAGUUUUCACUGGAGACUCGGUUGAACCUCUCGUUUUCAUGAUAUUCUUCAACAGAAUGUGCUGCACACAGGUCGCCUCAUGUUUCAGUUGGUUCGAUAUUCGAGAUAUCACAGUGUAUUUUCAUGAAGGAAGCGACUCACAAGGUUGCUGGAAACUCUUCGACAGCCCACAACCGGUUUCGCCCUCCUGUUUGGGGUUCAUCAGUUUAACCUCCACGGGAGACUCAAUUGAAUCUCUCAUUUAUGAUGUCCUCCAGCUGAAUGUGCUGCACACAGGGCGCCUCAUGUUUCAGUUGGUUCGAUAUUCGAGGUAUCGCAGUAUAUUUUCUCAGAGGAAACUACUCAAAUGGUUUUUAACCUCCACGGGAGACUCAAUUGAAUCUCUCAUUUAUGAUGUCCUCCAGCUGAAUGUGCUGCACACAGGGCGCCUCAUGUUUCAGUUGGUUCGAUAUUCGAGGUAUCGCAGUAUAUUUUCUCAGAGGAAACUACUCAAAUGGUUGUGGGCUGUCGAAGAGUCUUCAGCAACCUAG